GUGUAGACACGAGUUGCAGAAUGAGACAAUUCAUACUCUUGGUCUGCACUCUGGUGGUCGGUAUUUCGGCCCAGAGUUAUGAAGAUUGGAUCUCCCAGAUCAAAAAGCCUAAUGAAAAGACUGAAUCGCCCAAUCUGCAGCCAGGACUUCCUGGAAUCGGAGGUACUGAAAUUAAUUGCAUGUGCGUACAAUACUACCUCUGCAACAACAAUAACACUAUCAACACCAACGGAGAAGGUAUACUCGAUAUUAGGAUUCAAGAGUGUUCCAGUACCGUGGAGGUCUGCUGUAAUAAGCCCGAUAUCACCGAACAAAGAAUCAAUCCGAAGCCACCAGUGAAGAGGAUCGGUUGCGGUUACCGUAACGCCGAUGGUGUUGGUUUCAGGAUCAGCGGCGAUGUAGACAAUGAGUCUCAGUACGGUGAAUUCCCAUGGAUGGUAGCUAUUUUGAGGGAGGAAAUCGUCGCCGACAACCCAAACAAAUUGAACAUCUACCAAUGCGGAGGAGCCUUGAUUCAUCCAUCUGUCGUCUUGACUGCUGCCCAUUGCGUGAACGGCAAGGAUAAGAAGUUCAAGAUUAGAGCUGGCGAAUGGGACACGCAGACCAAGGACGAACUCUACGAAAACCAGGAUAGACCCGUCAAAUCCGUCAUCAUACACAACCAGUACUACGCUGGAGCCCUUUAUAACGACAUUGCUUUGCUAAUCUUAGAAUCGCCUGUAGUUAUCGCCGAGAACGUUGACGUUAUCUGCUUACCGCCUCAAGAAUUAUCCAUCGACAAUACCAGAUGUAUCGCAACUGGAUGGGGUAAAGACGUGUACGGAAAAGAAGGCAAGUAUCAGGUCAUCCUAAAGAAGGUAGAGCUUCCGAUCGUGAGCAGACCUACCUGCCAGGAGAACUUGCGCAGCACAAGGUUGGGCAAGUUCUUCGAGCUUCAUAACAGCUUCAUCUGCGCCGGCGGUGAAGCUGGACAGGAUACCUGCAAGGGUGACGGUGGUAGUCCAUUGGUAUGCCCCAUUCCCGGUAAACCAGAUAGGUACUACCAAGCUGGAAUAGUUGCUUGGGGUAUCGGAUGUGGAGAGAAGCAAAUUCCUGGAGUUUACGUGAACAUCCCUCUCUUCCGUAACUGGAUCAACGAGCAGAUGGCUGCAAACGGUUUCGACACCUCCUCCUACAGCUACGAAUAAAUUGAGCAGCACAUCCACAUAUUUUGUUCUGUUUACUUCAUUAAUAUUAUUCUUCAUUUUUUCCUUCUUGGAAAUAGU